AUGGGAUACCCAAAUAAAAAAAAAGUUAAAACUGAUAACUACAGAGGUAAUGCAAGUCGAUCAAAUCUUGAAUGCCUUAGAAAGAAAGUUACUCCUUUGCACUUUGAAACUUAUAAUAAUCAACUCGAAUUUAAGAGUAAAUUAGUAAAAAGUAAUUUGGGAUUGUUGUCUAACAAAAUCUUGAAGCAUGCAAUUAGUAGAGGCUUAAGACCGCCUCAGUGGUGCAAGAUUGAAAAAAAAGAGGAAGUGGUCAAUAAUGUUAAUCCUAUUAAUUUUGAAACGCCAAUUCCAGUUUUCCCGACGAUUAGUAUAAAAGAUGAGGAAAAUGGAAAAAUACCGUAUUCCUACAGAAAUAAAUAUGAGUUCACUAUUGGCUAUACAAGUGGUGAAAUUCUGGAUACAGAUUCUGAUGUUUCAGUGGGAUUCGUAUCAUAUAUUGAUAGAUUUGAACCAAUUAUUAUCAGUGUUUUAAAUAACUCAAAUGACGUUAAUAAUUCAAACAAAAACCAAGAUACUGAAACAAUAGAAAUCAUAAACCCCUGCAUUAUUCCUAUAGUUAAAAAAAUGGAAAAAAUUGUCAAGGUGAGCUCAAUAAAAAACAAUUUUAAAGUAUACUCCAGGAGGAACAGAAAUGGAAUUUGGCGAUUGCUAUUAAUUAGAUUGUCAGAAACAAAUAAAGAAAUUAUGGUCACUGUUCAAACCACGGAUUUAGAAAGAAUCGGAAUUAAGAACGAGUUAAUCAAUUUAUUAUUAGAAGAAUUUAUUGAAAAAAACACUGAAAUGAACCUUCAAGGGUAUGAUAUAAAAAGCUUAUAUCUUCAUCAAUCUAACUCCAUUGUAGAUACAUUUGAUAUUGGGAAGUUAGAUUUGCUUUAUGGAAACCCACAAAUUUCGUUUAAAAUAAGAAAUACUGAGUUAUUUAUCGGCCCACUAUCCUUUUUUCAAACGAAUACAAGAGGCUGUGAAACCUUAUACAAGGAGAUAAGAAGAAUUAUUGAAAUUGAAAUUUUAGAUAAUCUUAAAAAAAACGGAAAGUUUGAAACGGAAUUGGUUAUUUUGGAUGUUUGUUGUGGGGUCGGAGCAAUUGGUUUAACAUUAUUAGAUAUUCUUCGCGAUUUGGAAAAGAAUUUUAAGAAAGUUGAACUAAUUGGAAUAGAUUGUUCAGCAGAAGCAAUCGAAUCUGCUAAAAAAAACGCAACAAUUGCUGGGUUUGAAAAUGCAAAAUAUUAUGUGGGAACUGCGGAAAGUAUAUUACCUAAUUUAUUAAAAAAUUUACCAAUAAAUAAAUUAGUAAUUGCAAUUGUUGAUCCUCCUAGAAGUGGAUUGCAUUCGAGCGUUACAAGGUCAUUAAGACAAAUUAAAAAAAUAGAUUCUUUGAUUUAUGUAAGCUGUAAUGUUGAGUCUUUAGUUAAAAACUGUUUAGAUUUAUGUUCAGUAUACGACCCUCACACUGACCAGAAAGAAUAUAUUCCCGUAUUUGUUCCAAAGUUUGCAAUCCCAGUAGACAUGUUUCCAUAUACAAAACAUGUUGAGACCAUCCUAUACCUUAAAAGAAACGACGAAACCAUUGGGUUACCUGCGGUUUCAAGAGAGAAUUUAAGAGAGAAGAUAAGUAGUAAUCCAUUAUUAGCUAGGUAA